AUGUCUUUGCGUUCAAGGCCAUCGCAGUAUCAGCACUUUAAUGUAACUUUCCCCCACGAGCGUGUGGUGCAAGUCACAUUGAACAGACCUGAUAAGUUGAACUCCAUUACUCAAGCCACCAGCCGAGAGAUUCAGGAGAUCUGGGAGCUAUUCGACCAAGAUGAGAGCUUAUGGGCUGGCAUCAUAACGGGAUCUGGAAGGGCCUUUUGUACCGGCGCUGAUCUUCACGAAUGGAACGAGAUGAACAGGUCCGGGGUGGUCAAUAAAAUGACAGCUCCAGGCCUGGCUGGACUACCCCGAAGGAGCGGCAAGAAGCCAAUCAUUGCAGCUGUCAAUGGCAUCUGCAUGGGCGGCGGUUUCGAGAUGGUCGCAAAUUGUGAUCUCGUCAUAGCUUCCUCGUCCGCAAUUUUUGCUCUACCCGAAGUGAAGCGAGGUAUCGUCGCGGUCGCGGGUUGUCUACCACGAUUGACCCGAACCCUGGGGUUACAGCGUACGAUGGAUCUCGCGCUCACGGGGAGAAGUGUCAGCGCAAAGACUCUCUACGACUGGGGCCUGAUCUCUCGACUAGUGGAGUCAGGCGACGACGUUGCUCAGGCUGCGCUCGCACUCGCGCAAGAAAUGUGUGCCAACAGUCCUGAUGCGUUGAUUGUCGGUCGACAAGGAAUUCGACUGAGCUGGGAAUCAGGAAAUGUGGAGGAGGCAGUGACAACUCUGGAGAAUGAUUGGUACCCUCAAUUAAUGGCUGGCCAUAACUUCGGCGAAGGUAUACAGGCAUUCGUGGAGAAGCGACCGCCAAAGUGGGUGAACUCGAAGCUAUAG